CUGAGGAGAUCACCAGGGGAAGUGUGUUUUCCAGGAGGUAAAAGGGAAGCAAUUGAUAAAGAUGAAAUUGAUACUGCUCUCCGAGAAGCCAAAGAAGAAGUGGGACUCCAGCCAGAGAAGGUGGAAGUCAUCUGCAGGCUCGUGCCGGGGAUUGAUAAAAUGAAUCACCUGGUCACACCAGUUGUAGGAUUUAUAGAGGACACAUUCCAGGCCACUCCUAACCCCGAUGAAGUGAGCGAUGUGUUUGUGGUGCCCUUGGAGUACUUUGUUAAGCCCUUAACCUACAAGCCCUUGCCUUACCGAACCCCGUCGGGCUGCCCGAGCCGGAUGCACUGCUUCACGUACCACGACCGUGACCACAAAAUGCCAUUCAGGAUAUGGGGACUCACCGCCCACUUUGCUGUAUUUCUUGCUCUUGUAAUUUUUGGAAAGAGACCCACCUUUGAAGUUGAUUAUGAUCUUGACAACUUACUCUCAUCCUCCGAGAGUAACUUCAUGAAGUUGUACACAUCCGUGCGUGAAAGCAAGAGGAGUAAUCUCUGA